AUGAACGUAGAUCUCUACGAAAAGCAGGCCGACACCGUCGAUUGGGGAGGAGAGGUCGACUACUCGGGCUACGAGUGGUUCAAGGAUCCUCCCGCUCGCCCUGAGCCCCCUCAGCCCCAACCAAGCACGACGGACAAUUAUGUCCCUCAGCCUGGCGUCAUCGAGCAGAAUGAGGCGUUUGACUUCGCGCUGAAAAGCGCACCAAACGUCCUGUACGCACGUUUCAAACAGUUCGGCCAGCUCGGCGUGCUUGCGUGGUGCUCAGAAUUCAGCGAGCUGAUCGAUGCCCUCAAACAACUCGGCUUCGAGGGCAACAUGUUUGUCUCCACGCGCACGCAGGCCCUCAAGACUUGCGAGGAGAUCCUCCGGCUGAACCUCAGCAUCGAGAUGCAGAUCAUCGUCAUGUACCUCUCCUCGCAGGUCGCGCGGCUGCGCCGCUUCCUUGACUCGGACAGGCAGUGGGACGAUUACCCCAAACCCCAGUUCCCACUAGACUACACAGAAUACCCGCGCGAAAGGUGA